AUGUCUGGACAAAUGCCGUCCCAAUCCUCAAAUGUUGUUGGCGUGCACUACCGCGUCGGCAAAAAAAUCGGUGAAGGUUCCUUUGGUGUGAUUUUUGAAGGCACCAAUCUUCUCAACAACCAACAAGUCGCUAUUAAAUUUGAACCAAGAAAAAGUGAUGCUCCUCAACUGCGUGAUGAAUACCGCACAUAUAAGAUUCUUGUCGGCACUGUUGGAAUCCCCCACGUUUAUUACUUUGGCCAAGAAGGUCUCCACAAUAUUCUAGUUAUUGACCUUUUGGGCCCCUCUCUAGAAGAUUUAUUUGACUGGUGUGGACGCCGCUUUUCUCUUAAAACAACUGUUAUGGUAGCCAAGCAAAUGCUUACGCGUGUGCAAGCCAUUCAUGAAAAAUCGCUCAUUUACCGUGAUAUUAAGCCUGAUAACUUUCUAAUUGGAAAACCUGGAACAAGAACUGCAAACCUCAUUUAUGUGAUUGACUUUGGUAUGGCUAAACAAUACCGUGAUCCUAAAACUAAGAUGCACAUUCCUUACCGUGAGCGAAAGUCUCUUUCUGGUACAGCCCGCUAUAUGUCUAUCAAUACCCAUCUUGGUCGUGAGCAAUCGCGCCGUGACGACCUGGAGUCUUUGGGCCAUGUUUUCAUGUACUUUUUGCGCGGCGGUCUCCCCUGGCAGGGCCUCAAGGCGGCCACAAAUAAGCAAAAGUAUGAAAAGAUUGGUGAAAAGAAGCAAACUACUCCCAUUGAGGAACUUUGUUCUGGGUUCCCUCCACAAUUUGCUACUUAUCUACGAUAUGUUCGUAAUCUUGAGUUUGAUGAAACUCCAGAUUAUGAUUAUCUCCGUGACUUGUUCACCGAGGCAUUGCAAUCUGUCGGUGAGACUGAGGAUGGUGAGUAUGACUGGAUGAAGUUGAAUGGUGGUAAGGGCUGGGAUGCAGUGCACAACCGUAAGCCCAAUCUUCAUGGCUAUGGACACCCAUAUCCUCCUGGCCAUCGUCAUUCAUCCCAGCAAGUCUCGAAUGCCGCUGCCGCAGCAGCAGCCCUCGCAGCUCCUGGCGUUGUCAAUGGUAGUAACCAAGCUUUAGCUUCUUCAUCUCAAGGCCGUCUAUCUCAAUCACCUCAACAACAAGGUCAAUCUUCUCAACAACCACAACAGCAGCAACAGCAGCAACAACAACAACAACAACAACAACAAGCAUCUUCUAACGUCCCACCUCCACCAAACGCGGCAGUUGUACGCAACUCGAGUCGGUCCAAGCGUUCACGUCAACAAGUUCCUCUGCCAAACGGAGGUGCGGGUUCCAAUGCGCCUCUGGGUGCUGGCGCCUCAGGUGCUGGAGGAGCCCCCGGUAGCCGCAUGAGCAAGACUUUGGGUAAUACACCUGGAAAUUAUGGAGCUUAUCCUACUCCUCAGCAAACACAAAUUCCUGGAUCUUUACCUCAGCAGCAGCAAUUACAACAACAACAACAACAACAACAACAACAACAACAACAACAAUCGCAACAACAACAACAGUCACAACCAAACGUUGCAGGAAGUUCUUCUUCUCCUCAACAACAGCAUUCUCAGUUGCAACAGCCUCAGUCUUAUACACAAGGUCAGAAGGCAACUGCAUCGAACCCGGCAUCUCCUACACAAAACCCUUACUAUUCGCAGCAGCAGGCUGAGCCAGAGCGUAAGGGAUUUUUUGCAAAGAUUACGUCGUUUUGCUGUGGUUAG